AUGUUUACGGGCCUGGUUGAGUGCAUGGCUCGCGUCGUCGACGUCGUGCCUACAGAUGAGCACAGUGGAUCUUAUGCUAUCACGAUUGGAGAGAGCGCGCUGCUCCUUGGCGAUUGCCAUGUGGGUGACAGCAUUGCCGUGAAUGGUGUGUGCCUGACCGUGACGCAGUUUAGUACGGAUACGCAUGGCGGCUGCUUCCGUGUAGACCUAGCGCCAGAGACGCUGUUCCGAUCGAAUCUUGGGCGCCUGCAAGUGGGCGAUAAGGUCAACUGUGAGCGUGCUAUGGCGCCCACGACCCGAUUUGGCGGCCACAUCGUCCAGGGCCACGUCGAUACCGUCGCGACGCUGCAAUCGAUCGAGCGGAACCAGUCUGCACUUACGCUCACGCUCCGUCUAUUCCAUGAUACACGAAAAGAGGUCGAUGCACAUCUCCCGCUGCCAUCGACGCUGGCUCCGUACCUGGUACCCAAGGGCUAUGUCACGCUUGACGGCACGUCCCUCACUCUGAUCGAUGUAUCACCUCCAGCAGGCGGGGCGCUGAACGGGGAUGCGACGGAGAACAAGAAAGAGACUAUUGAGUUUACCGUCAUGCUCAUUCCACACACACAAGAGCACAUUACGCUGCCGAGCAAGCCGCUGGGCUCGUUUGUGAAUGUGGAGUUUGACAUGGUAGGCAAGUAUGUGUAUCGUUCGCUGGAGGGCCAGUUGGGCCGCCUGGAUCAGGCGCCAGGCACAGAUGCUUCGACGCUGUCUAUGCCGAUGCUGGAGCGCGUCGUGGAGCGCGCCGUAGAGCGGGUGAUGCAUCGUCAACAGUAA